CCAGGGAGGCUCCUCAGCUACAAGCUCACCACCAGCCUGACCCUGGACACUGCUGUCACCAUGUGGUUCCUGGUUCUGUGCAUCGCCCUGACCCUGGGGGGCACUGGAGCCGCACCCCCCAUCCAGCCCCGGAUCAUUGGAGGCUGGGAGUGCAAGCCGCAUUCCCAGCCCUGGCAGGUAGCCGUGUACAAUUACAAUAAGCCCGAGUGUGGGGGCGUGCUGAUAGACCCCAAGUGGGUGCUCACGGCCGCCCACUGCACAAGCAAGAAUUACCAGCUCUGGCUGGGCCGCCACAGCUUGGAGGAUCCCGGAGAGCCCGGCCAGUACGCCCAGGUCGGCGGCGUCUUCCCACACCCGGGCUUCAACAAGAGCAACCCGGAUCCCUUUGUACAGAACGACUACAGCAACGACCUCAUGCUGCUGCGCCUGAAGGUGCCCGCGCAGAUCACAGCCACCGUGCAGGUCCUGGCCCUGCCCACCCAGGAGCCUCAAGUGGGGAGCACCUGCCUCGCCUCAGGCUGGGGCAGCAUCAAACCAGAAGGGAAAGUGUACCCUCAAGAACUGCACUGCGUGGACGUCAAUAUCUACCCCAAUGACGUGUGUGCCAAGGCCCACCCCCACAAGAUAACGGACACGAUGCUGUGUGCUGGGCACAUCGAGGGCGGCAAGGACACCUGUGUGGGUGACUCGGGCGGGCCCCUGAUCUGCGAUGGCAGCUUCCAAGGCAUCUUGUCUUGGGGCCACAACCCAUGCGCCACCGUCGGGAAGCCGGCCAUCUUCACCAGUGUGUUUUCAUUCCGGGACUGGAUCCAGGACACCAUGGCGGCCAACCCCUGAGCGCCCUCGCCCGCCCGUGCCCCCAUUAAAAGAGAACCCGCAGCAA